GGAAAAAUCUGACGGAAAGAAAACAGCCGUCAAAGUAACAUGGAUGUCGCGUUUUUGCCAUUCAGCGCUUUUUUCUUAGGAAAUAUCUAGUUUUCGGGCAGACGUUGCGGUUUUGGUGAAUGAACGAAAGUGUCGCGGACAUUUUCCCGUGCAGUGACGUGCAAUUCCCUCUCGGAUAUCGCCACAAUUUCGAAACGCAUCCUCUCGGAAAGGGACUCGUCUAAAAAAUCGCCUUUUUUCCAUACAAAAUGAACGAUGUAACUGUGCUAGUUUGUGGAGCGGUGAUUUUUACGUAAUUUCACCCUAGAUCGCCACGGAUUUUGUUAAAACGAUGACGACCCGCCUGAACGUGAGCGUUUCGAAGGAAAACAUGGAGACUUCCAUUGAUAAGGAGUCGGGAGCACUUGGAGGGCUAUUCCAGCAAAUCAUCAAUGACAUGAAGAACGGCAUGCCUUUAUGGGAGGAUCUUAUUGCCAAAGCCACAAAACUACAUUCAUCACUGAGAGCAACUAUUUUGGCAGUUACAGCUUAUUUGGAGGCCUUUCAAAAAAUAGCAGAUUCAGCAACUAGUACAAGAGGAGCUACAAGAGAAAUAGGCACGGCACUGACCAGGAUUUGUUUGAGGCACAAAGCAGUAGAAAAUCGGAUGAAACAUUUUACAGGAGUGAUCAUGGACUGUCUUAUUAUACCGCUGCAAGAGAAAUUGGAGGAAUGGAGAAAAACAGUAUUAAAUCUGGACAAAGAACACGCUAGAGACUACAAAAGAGCCAGGGCGGAACUGAAGAAACGAUCCACGGAUACGUUGCGUCUACAGAAGAAGAUGCGCAAAGGGGCUGGAGGCGAUGUGCAGAAGAGGUUCGAGUGUGGUCUGCAAGACGUGACGGAACGUCGCCAGCUUCUGGAGGAGACCGAGAAGCACGCGGUUCGCGCGGCCUUGCUAGAAGAAAGAGGAAGGUUUUGCUCUUUCGUCGGUCUUCUAAAACCGGUAGUGGACGAAGAAGUGGCGAUGCUGAGCGAAAUGGGCCACCUCCAGGAAGCCGUCCAGCAACUGGAAAAGCACGCAGCGGACCCCGGCACCUUACCCCCCGCUUCCGAACAAGUGAUCGCCGACCUCAAGUCCUCGGACAGCGGCUGGUCCUUCCAAACGCCACCUUCGUCCCCUUCCAGUUUGGGCUCGCGCAAGUCGUCCAUGUGCUCCAUCAGCUCGCUCAACAGCUCGUCUUCGGGCAGCUCGAAGAGUCACCAUUCGCCGAGCCAUCCGCACUGGCAAAGGAGUCUGUCGCAGCCUGUAGGCCGUAGUGGUAGUAAACGCGUCAUGUCCGUGUCUAGUCAAGAUUCGGGGUUUACUUCUCAGGACACCCUGUAUCCUAGGCCUCCUUCCGCUUUUAGCGUGGCACAAGUAUCGAAUAUGUCCGAGCACAGCAACAACAGUAGCAGUUCUAGUACGCCCUGUACACCUUUCCCCGCAGCUACAGCGCCUACAACGACAUCUACAUGGCCAAAUUUGCAGGAUUCUAUACAGUUUGAAAGGGCAGCAUCUGCCAUUAUCAAUGAGAGGCCGCACACCAUAUCAUCAGCUUACGAAAAGGGCCAUUCAAGGCCCCCCUUGACAGUCUACACAUUCCAAGCGCCCGAACAGAGCCUGUCUCAGCCGGCCAGUCCAGUGACAUCUGUCACGCCCACAGUGGAAUCGAAGCCAAAUCUCAUACCGCCGAAGAGUCCAUCCUUGUCCACGAAAAGUCUGUCGAAACCACCCCUACCCACGCGUUGUUCGUCCUUGGAACGGCCUUCCGCACCACCAGGGGGCGUGCCAGCCAAAACAAUCGUCGGUAUGCAAGGCGUGCGAGUCCUGCCGCCCGGAGUGACGGAGCAAUUAGCUGCUGCGGCCGCGUUAAGGAAGACUCCGCCCAGCGCCCUGCCCGCUCACUUGGCCUCGACGAAGGGGGUGGUGCCUCAGCAGCCGACUUACGUGAACAUGCACGAACUAGCCAGUAUGGCUGCGGAUAAAGCUCAAAGUCAAGGUCAGAGCUUUCCACCACCGCCGGCUGAAUUCAUCAGUCCUCCAGAGAAGCCAGAGGGCACUGAGAAGGAAAGCAGCACAAGCGAAAGUUCCUUGGAGUCUUCCAGUGGUUAUGGUAGCCAGACCGCAUUUAACGUCGAAGAACAUAGCCCGCAUCCAGAUGAUAUAACAAACUCAAACGCAGCAAGCAAAUAUUGUACCCUACCCCGUAACGCGAACGCAGGCGACGUCCAGAAGCGUAGGCCCUUAUCCAUGACAGCUAUGAGUACGUUGGGGACUUUGCGCAACAACUUGCUGCGCAGAGGCAGUAUGCAGACCAACAAGCCUCCACCACCCAUACGCCGGACUUCUUCCAUAACGAAUGCGGCCGCCUGUAUGGGGAGUUUGGAGAACCUUCCACCUCCGCCGGCGUUCCUUCUGGAACCCACUGCGCAAACUAACCAGCAUCAGCAACAACAGCCGUCCCACAAUACCGUCGCAUCGAUAAAUACAGGUGUAAACGUGGCAGAAACCGUUAAAGCACUCACCGAACUCAGACACACUCCGGCCAGUCCCAAUUCGAUCAGGCGCAUGGCGGGAAUUUCAGGCUCCGCCCAGAAUAUAUUCCAAGGUCAACCGGCCGCCAAUGAGAGGCCGGUGAGCUAUCAAGGGGGAGGAGUCGCGCCGGGAACGGUUCUGAGCACGUUCCAAAGCCAACCGCCUAAGGUAUCAUAUCUGUCACAAUCUGGGGGCGUGGUAUAUGCUCAACCUUCUCAAGUGGUCGGGGGAAGUCCCAAUGCCGUCCGAAAGAUAACUAGCUUCAGGUCACAAAGCGCAGAGAGACCGUCAGAAGGUCGACCUAAAGUGGGCUCGAACUUCAUAGCCUCCCUGAACGCCAAAUUGGCGCCCAAUUUGAGUCCCAGGGCUUCCAGACGAUGUAGCGAAGAGCAGGUGGCGGCCCUAACGGCCGCGAAGUUCCAGCAGCCGCAAAGAGGACCGGGACAAAGUUUCCUGGACUCGCUGAACGCCAAACUGGCACAGCAGCACAUCGGUGGGGGUACCGGCCCGGCUACUGGGUUGAAGGCCAGCAAGAUCAGACAGUUGAUCAACAGCAAGGCACAGCCUGAUCCGAAAGUGUGCCACGAGUCGCUCAUGGAUCAGAUCAAGCGUGGUGCGACGCUGAAGCGAGCGAAAAUCAUCAACGACAGGUCCGCGCCGAAAAUUUACUGAAAAAAAUAGAAAUCGGGGAAUCCCGAUAUCCCAUUGACUUCAGUUUGAGUUUAUAUACUCGAUUUUGAACCGUUUUUAACACUCGAAACCAUAUUUUGGCAUGUAAAUCGAUUUUUUAGUGCAUUGAUUAUGUUUAGUGCGUCUGAACUACUGCAAAGCAUUUGAAACGUUUAAACUACAUUGUGGUAUUUUCUGUAUUUGGACUAUAACACAUUAGAUGUCAAUUGUAAAGAUGUAUACACAGGGUGGUCCGAACUGUAUUCCGGAAACUUCGGCAGCAUAUUCUGCAGAUAAAAAUAAGUAAAAAAGUUCGUAUAAAUGCAUGUCUUAAAAUGCUUAGUUUCGGAAA